AUGUCGCAAAAUAUAGAGUAUCAACGUUUUCGACGUGGUGAUAGCUGCACCGAGGAGGGGUGCAGGUCCCGAAAGUACUACCUCGAAAAUGGCAGAAAAUUCUGUCAGCGAGGACACGAGCAAGCUGUUAGUCCCCAUCACGACAACGCAGUACCGGUACUUUGUUUGACAGGAAAUAGGGCUUCACGCAAACACAGCAAGACGAGGAUGAUUGGAAUACUCAAGGGAAAAAGUCGCGAAAGCAGAAAGAGCAGAAAGAACGCGUUGAGCGCAUCUUGAGCGGCCAGGACGCCAUCGAUUUGUAUUUGCAAUGCUAUCAGUUGAUCCUCUGGAAACAAUGCAAUUGGCUUGUGAAUGAGAAGAGGUUUCCGUCUGAGCUUGAGACUGUGGUUAAAGAUCUGUGGGGUCUGAGAGUUGGUAAGCUUAUCAAGGCUGGGGAUAAGAGCUAUGGGUCGGUGUCUGGGACGUUCUUUAGCUCGGCGAGUGAGGCGGAACAUACUGAGAGUGAUGGCAAGAGUGUAUCUUCCAGACGGAGUCGAAGGAGUAUCGCGGGGGAUGAGAGGAUGCCGAAAUUGAUUGAGACGCUGGGUCUGUGCUAUCUGGGGAUGUUGCUCAUGAGGCUGCCAACGAGUCUAGGGGAUCUGUUCAGAUGGGCGACGAACGAGGAGAUGGUUUAUGCUCGAGCUGUAAGUUUGCUUUAUUAUUCUGCGCUUCCUUUCACGCAAGUUUAUUUUUGGAACCUUUUUCUAAUAUCUCACAGACGAAAGAGAUCCCAUUGGAGAUGCGGAGAAAACUUCCACCUCCCAUAGUUGCAUCAUUCGAUAUCAAGGCACCGUUGAGGGGAGAAAACCUUCAAACCUCUGUUAUGCAACUUGUUGAAUUCUACAAAACUCAGUUGAAUAUGAUCUUCCCCUCAAUCAACUACCCCCUCGUCAUGUACAAACAUAUUCGAGAUCUCGCCCUCCCCAGUAAGUUUUCCUCAAAAUAAAUAAACACCAAGAAACAAAAUAAUGACAUAGAAGCAGUCGAAAUAUACUCUGGUGCUCGACGUCUAUCAGAAAUGCUAGAAUCCGACUUUUCAUAUCCUGUGUCCUCCACAAAGAACCGCGAAGCAUCAGCCUACCCCGAACUCCAGAUCAUCAGCGCUAUCGUGGUAGCAACAAAAUUAUGUUAUCCGUUUGAUGACAUUGCCCGUCUACCAUACUCCGGAUCCGAUCCAACGACCAUGAAGCUUGACUGGACAACAUGGAGCGAGAUCAUGAUUCAAGGGCCGUCGAAGAGAUUACGGAGAGGGGAGGAAUUGAAGGUUACCGACAAGGAUGUUUUGAAAAUGAGUGAUGAGAAGAUUGAUGAUUAUCUUGAUUGGUAUCAACGGACUCGGAUUGAUGAUCGAGAUCCAAAGUGUAUGUCGUUGUCCCUCAUCCUCUCUCGUCUUCUCUUUCGUUUACUAACGCAAAUCAAUAAUAGUGGCCAAGCAAAUCCUUGAUUUCUUCCCACUCCAAGAUCUACCUCCUCGACUACCAGAUAAUGCAGAGUCAACAGAUCCCAUAAACUUACUGAAAAAAGUUCAACAGCAUCUCAUCCCCAUCCCACACAAAUCCGUCGGUGAUGGGGAUAAACCGGGCGUCAAACGGCCUGGAGAGUUUUACAAACGUUAUCGGUCCCCUGAAGAGCUACCCGAUACUGCAAAGGCUUUCUAUGAAUUGGCUGGUAAGAUUUCUUCUCAUGUUGUUGACGGGAUACGUGGCUAAAAAAGGAAUAGCUCAAAGCGCCGGUACCAGUGUGGAUAUGCUUGUCAAGAGCGUCUUUCAAGUGGAGGUUCGUUUGGAGAGGUGGCAUCGGAAUGAGAGGAGGAAUCGGACACAAGGGGAUCGUGAUGAGGAUUCUUCUUCUGAGGAUUAUUGAAUGUUGGGUUUGGUUGAGAUGUAUGAUGUCUAAGUGAAGUGGGCGUUAGGGGGAAAGAUCGUAAGAUACCCGAUGAGCAAGCGAGGUGUUUGGCAGGUUUCUUGACGAAAGUGAUAUACUUGGUCUGUGAAUGAAGGUAGUCUCAUUGUGAUAAGAUGAUUGUGCGAAUAAAAUUCUUAAA